AUUAUUUCCUUUUUCCAAAUCCCACAUUCUCAAAAGCAAAAUUCAAUCAACCAAUGGACCUACCCAUUACAACCCAUUACCUUUCAUCUCUUCACACUUUCUUCUUUCAUAAACACAAGAAAAGAAAAAUAAAAGUUUAAGAGACCAAGAAGAAGAAGAAGAAGAAGAAGAAGAAGAAGAAGAAGAGAUCAAUUAGAUAUGGAGGAUGAGAUGAUUGAUGAUACUAAUUCUCCAAGCUGGAAACUUUAUGAAAACCCUUUUUAUAUUACCCCUUCUCAUCAUCAUCAUCACCGUCAUCAUCGUCAUCAAACUUCUCAUAAAUCCUCCAUUAACACCAACAACAACAACCAACUCCAAUUUUAUUGCUUGAAAUUUUCUUCUUCUUCUUCUUCUGAUCUAUUUCCUACUAAAAGGCGAAUGGAUUCAGAGCUCGAUCUCGCCCGAAGCCAGAUCGUAGAGCUCAAGACCCAGCUUCGGUACGAACGCAAGGCUCGGAAAAAGCUCGAGUCUUUGACCAAGAGACUAGCUAAGGAACUUGAUGAAGAGAGGAAACAAAGGGAAGCCAUGGAAGGACUUUGUCAAGAACUUGCAAGAGAGAUUUCUUCUCAUGAAGCUCAGAUGGAUCUGAUGAAGAAAGAGAUCGAAGAUGAGAGAAAGAUGCUCAGGUUGGCUGAGGUUUUACGAGAAGAGAGAGUUCAAAUGAAGCUUGCAGAGGUAAAAAUUGUCUUCGAACAUAUGCUUUCAGAGAUUGAAUCAGGAACAUCCACCACCACCAACAACACCACCACCACCACCACCGCCAUUUUUCCAGACUUUUCUGCCAAACUAAAACACACGGUGGCCGACAACCCGUCUGUGAAUUCGGACAACAACAAUGCCGAUGGCGACGAUGACGAAUCUUCGGUAAGAGAAUCAAUGAGAUCAUCGGACGCUAUCGCGUGCAGAAAAACGGGGGAUCGAAGAAGUAUCUCGCCGGAGAUGGAAAAUAAUAAUCCUCACAUUGUAAGAGGAAUUAAAGGGUUUGUGGAAUUCCGGCGAGUGGUUCGAACAAAAGGAUCAAAAUUAAGUAGAGAUUCAGAGGCGAAAUUGGAGUGUCAAAAAGCUCAGCUUAGAGUUCUUCUCAAACAAAAACAUAGUCUCAGAUCGGACAAUCUCAUUAUUACCUAAUUUAUUUCAUAUCUUCUCUCUUUUUCUUUUCUAUCCCCAUUGAUCAAGUAAUUGGUUGAUUGUUUCUUCUCCAUAUUUUUAUUUUUGGGAAAAGUUAUAUGAACUGAUUAAAAUAUUUCUUUCCUUUCUUGGCUUCGGUUUGAAUUUUGUGGAAAAUAUUUUUGUGAAUAGAGUUUCUUGUUUUUCUUUUAUUUGAAAGUGACAGUUGAAUUAGAUGUAAAAGUUUUUGAGGAA